AUGCUCCGACAGGAAAAUGGGCGGACCCUUGGUGCAUUCAUCUUUGAAGAAAUCCUUUGUCGCUGGGGGGCAGUCGCGGAAAUUGUCACCGAUAACGACUCCGCUUUUGUUCAGGCAUUAGACUAUUUGGCUCAGCAAUACAAGAUUCAUCAUAUCCGAAUAUCACCGUACAAUUCCCAGGCAAAUGGGCUUGUGGAACGCCGACAUCUGGAUGUGCGAGAGGCCGCAAUGAAAACGUGUCUGGGAGAUGAGCGGAAGUGGCCGAUAGUUAUGCCCGCAGUCUUCUGGGCAGAGCGCGUCACAAUUCAGCGAUCUACAGGAUACUCCCCAUAUUACAUGGCACAUGGAACCAAACCAUUGUUCCCCUUCAACAUCGCAGAAGCGACGUACCUGGUUCCAUACGACGGUCGGGAAGAGGACUUGGAGGAAGUACGCAAGUGUGUCAUCCGAGCAAGGUACAAGUCGAUGGAGCAAUUUGCACAAGAGUUUCAUGCAACGAUUAAGUCUUACAACUUCAAGCCAGGCGAUAUAGUCCUGGUUCGAAAUUCCCGAAUUAAUAUGGAGCUCAACUGUAAGAUGAAGCCGCGUUACUUGGGACCCAUGGUAGUCGUUCAACGAACCGAGGGCGGAUCAUACAUCCUUGCAGAACCGGACGGUGCGGUAUCUCAGCUACGUUUUGCAGCUUUCCGCGUCGUUCCUUACAAGUACCGAUCUCGUGCCGAUCUCCACUUCACCCCAUUGUCCGACGCAGAUGAGACGGACAGCGCUGCUGGAUCGGAUGAUGAGGCUUGA